AAACAAUUAGCAGUAAGAAAAACGCAGAUUUAUUUUUAGUUGUCUUAAAUACUCUUUUGGACUAGUGCGAGAGAAAUCAAGCAGAGCUGCAGAGGGCUAGCAGAAGAAAUACAAAAAAAACAAUGCAUUACUGGGUUCGAGCUUCCUCCUCCGACUUCGGUGGAACUCCUCCUCAACCUCGCAGUGGUCACACUGCAGUCAAUAUUGGGAAAUCAAAGGUUGUUGUGUUCGGUGGCCUCCUCGAUAAGAAGUUUCUCAGCGAUAUCGUCGUCUAUGAUACAGAUAACAAAUUAUGGUUUCAGCCAGAGUGCUCUGGAUGUGGCUCUGAUGGACAAGUAGGUCCAAGUCCGCGUGCAUUUCACAUUGCUGUUGCAAUUGACUGUAAUAUGUUCAUUUUUGGGGGCCGUUCUGGUAGCAAAAGGUUGGGCGACUUUUGGGUCUUAGAUACUGAUAUAUGGCAAUGGUCAGAGUUGACCAGUUUUGGUGACUUACCUUCGCCACGGGACUUUGCAGCAGCUUCAGCUAUUGGAAACCGGAAAAUCGUUAUGUAUGGUGGUUGGGAUGGAAAGAAGUGGUUGUCCGAUGUAUACGUCAUGGACACAAUGUCACUUGAAUGGACAGAGCUGUCAGUUACUGGAUCAAUACCUCCGCCUAGAUGUGGCCAUACAGUUACCAUGGUUGAGAAACGAUUGCUGGUAUAUGGUGGCAGAGGAGGUGGAGGUCCAAUCAUGGGUGAUUUAUGGGCUUUGAAGGGUCUUAUUGAAGAAGAAAAUGAAAUGCCUGCAUGGACCCAAUUGAAGCUUCCUGGUCAAGCUCCUCCUCCAUGUUGCGGCCAUACAAUCACAUCCGGAGGGUUACAUCUAUUGUUAUUUGGAGGCCAUGGGACUGGUGGCUGGUUGAGUCGUUAUGACAUUUAUUACAAUGACUGCAUUGUUUUAGACAGGGUAUCUGCACAGUGGAAGCGCUUGCCUACUAGCACUGAAUUGCCUCCUGCUCGAGCAUACCAUUCUCUGAAUUGUAUAGGUUCUCGUUAUCUACUAUUUGGGGGCUUUGAUGGAAAGACAACAUUUGGUGACUUGUGGUGGUUGGUUCCUGAAGAUGAUCCAAUUGCAAAGAGACCGACCACAUUAUCACCAGUCAGUCCUCCUCAAAAUAAGGAUAUGGCAUCAGAAAAUGAUUAUUUCCAAUCUGGGGUCAAGGAAGGCCAAAGAGAAAAAUCUACUGUCUCAGAUUUACAGAAAAGAUUAGGGAUUUCAGUUUCGCUUGCUGAUAAAAGGAUCCCAAUCGUAGAUGAAUCAGAAGAUAAAGAAUUUAUGGAACUAGCAUCCAGUUUGGUUGGAGAAACAGUUUCUAGUAAUGGACAGCUUUCGCACAAUCAGGCAACUCUGUUGCUACGCGACCAUUGGAGAAAAUCUACACCAAGUUCUUUACCACUUAAAGAGCUUGGGCCCCUGCUUCGAGACUACCAGCGCUUGAUUGCUCAUCGGCAUUUGGAAAAUGGUGCAUCUCAGAAGCAGUUCAUCGAGUCUGGUUUUGCUGCAAAGGAGGCUUAUCGGUUUUAUCAUAUUAAAAAUGUUCAUCAGUUGCGUUUGGAUGAUAUCCCGCAUCUGCUGGCAGAAUACAAACGGCUCCUACCAGAAUAAAAGGAAAGGAUGGAUGAUGUCAAACUAAUCAGAAGAUCUUGUAGUUCUGUAUGUUGAAAUCAUAGUCCUGUAUGUUGAAAUCAUACUCAUAUAUCAACUGUCUUGAGUUAUGGCGUUGUCCUUAUUUUUGGUUGUCCUGGUUGCCUCAUUAUGCAUUCUGCGGGCUCAUUUGGGUGUAUCAUGGCAUGGCAUUUCCGAAUUGCAGAGGACCUCUGUUUUCUGUUUUCUGUCUUCAUUCAGUCAGUCUCAGAAUUGGAAAUUAUUUUGAAUUA